AUGGCCGCCUCUCCAAGCUCCCAAUUGAAUCGAUCAGCGCAGGAGCCGGCAACCAAUGGUCCUAAGGACCAAAAAGUUCAGAUCUCGAUCGAAGAAGCCACUCAGCUAUGUCACAAUAUGCUCCAAAAGGCCGGAUAUUCCCCCGAGCAAGCAUGGAUCAUUACAGAUCACCUUGUGGACGCUGAGAUGCGAGGCCACCCAUUUGCAGGGCUUGCAAGAGCUCUGAGCAUUGUCGAGCAACUACAAUUCUCGGUCGCGCCGUCCGCGCAUGAAAUUGAAGUGACGCGAUCCGGAUUGACUUUUGCCCACCUCGAUGGUCACGGCGCCGUGGGCAACCUUGUUGCGUACGAGGCUACGAAGAUUGCCGUUGAAAAGGCUAAGAGCGCUGGAGUGGCCGUUGUCGGGGCGAACGGAUUUUGGUACUCUGGAAAUCUGGCCUACUAUGCUGAGAUGGCGACUAGGGAGAACUUGAUCGUCUUUAUUGCCUCUAACGGUACGCCCAUUGUGGCACCACAUGGAGGGUACGAACCGAAAGUCUGCACCAAUCCCUUCUGCAUCGGAUUUCCCUCAAAUGAGCUCGACCAACCCAUCAUCUGGGAUAUCGGAACGAGUAAUAUCAUGUAUGCGCAAGUCAAACUUGCCGAGAGACUCGGAACUAACAUCCCAGAAGGAUCAGCGUAUGAUAAUGAGGGAAACUUGACGACAGAUCCUCUCAAGGCUUUGCAGGGCGCCUUGUCUGUAUGGGGAGGUCAUAAAGGCAGUGGCCUUGCCAUCAUGGUGCAGCUUCUGGGCAUUGCUGCGGGGAGCGCCGAGCCAACACCCCUGCUGUCUGAUUUUGGGUACUUGGUUCUGGCUUUUGAUCCAAGCAUUCUUCAGCCUUUGGAUCGUGUUAAAGGAUGUGCGGACAAGUUGUCGCAGUCUGUUAGGGAGACUAAGAUGCUUCCAGGCCAGGGACCAGCGAGAAUGCCCCAUGAACGGAGUAGCCAGAGCAGAAGCAUCGCCAAGAAACAGGGUGUUUUGAGUGUCGAAGCGAAGGUCGUUGAACAGCUGCGCAAGUACUUAGAAGCGUGUAUAUCUCGGAUGGGAGAUCAAUGA